GCUUGUGAUUUUAAAUUUAGUCAUCACAUUCGUGUCAAUACACUAGAUAAAAAAAGAUUUUCCAUUCCAAGGACACUGACUCAUACCAUUCUAAUUCUAGGUCUCGUAUUAUUAGCAUGAGCAGCAACGUAAAGUUCUUAAUCAAUGAAUCCAUAUCAGGGACAGGUCGUAGCACCAACACUGGAAAUCAUAGCAAACCCGAGCGGGCGAUUAUUCUUCCAUAUGAUAUCCUUUACAACCUGCAAGGCCGCCGAGUGACGAUACUGCUGUCUGUCCGCGGCGAGGAGCUCGAGGGCAUCUUGCGCACCGUUGACAACGACCGGGGUGACCUUAUGUUGGAGGAUGUCGUGCAUUAUGAGUGGUUGGCGGCCCUUCCAGAAGGGCAUGAUGGAACAUCCACUGAGCAUGAUCACACUGGUCCGAAGGGACCCUUUCGCACAUGCUUAUUUGGUGGGGUUCGCCGUGAAGUCAGGCGUUGCGCUACUGCGAUGGUUAAUAGCAAGUUCAUCCACUUAAUAACACCUACACUUUUUGGGGAAGAAAAAUCCUCAAGUUAGAACGGUUCAGUUUUUAUUUUUUCUCUCUCCGUAAGAGGAAUACAAAGUAUUAGUUGCCUGGUAAUUUUUUACAACAGGACCGUCAUAAAAAAGUAUCAUCACCACUGCAACAAAA